UAAGCAACGAGAGAAAAUGGAGGCACUUUAUCAUCAAACAAAUAAAUUAAUCCAAGAAACUCAGCAUUUAUUCACGCAGCUGGACAGACCUUUACCCAAUGUUGAUGUAAAUACUGUUGAAAGUGAAAUACUUGCUAAAAUAAAUUUAAUAAAUAGCAAUUGUGAAAAAUUGGACGUACUAUGUAUGAAAGGCCCAAUAACCCAACGACAAAAUGCUAAAAUGAGAGUAGAUCAAUUGAAAUAUGACAGUAGGCAUUUAAAUGCUGCUUUAAAUUCAUGGAGAAGUCAACAGUAUCGUCGUAAACAAGAGGAAGAAGAAAGAGAGGCACUUUUAUCCCGUCAAUUUACCACCAAUGAUCAUAUUGAUAUUAUGAUUGAUCACAAUAUUCAACACAAUUCUCAAGUGAGAAAUGCAAACGAGGGCAUUGAUAAUUUAAUUCAACAUGGUUCGGGUAUUUUAGAAAAUUUAAGAUCACAGAGAAUGACUAUCAAAGGUGCACAUAGACGUUUAAUAGACAUUGUGACACAGGUGAUGAAUCCAUCCCAAGGUGACGCCGAGGUGUGGCUUAAAUACAAUUCUUUCCAUAAAUUGAUACUGAUUGGUGCGACACUAGGCCAAAUAAUUCCAAGAUUAGGCUCGUACAAUGGAUUCAUCCAUUUUUCCAAUGAUUCUGGUCUAUUUAUA